AUAACUUAAUUUGAGGGCUCAGUGUCUUAUGGUAAUAAUACCAAACUCCUACAUUUUGUGCUUGAGAAAAGAAAUAAACAUUAAGAAAUUACUAUUCAGAAAAAGGUUAUAUUUGGUAUACAGCAAAACAGAACCAGAAAUACUAAUACUAUUCACUGACUCACUACUCAUCAAUCCAAUUGUCCGACAUACCCUUAUUAGCAUCUACCAAGUUCCAGGUACUCUUGAGGUAGAAAAAUAAAGAACAUUUGUUCUUCUCUUUAAAGAACUUGAAACAUGGUCAUGAAGAGUGGUGAAUUGAAAUUAUAUAAAUAGGUUCUGUAAUAGUUUCUUUUAAAAAAAAUCAAUAAUGCUGAUGAUGGCUAACAUUGUCAAAGUUACCAAAUCUAAAAACCAGUGCUCAGCGGGACAUGGUGGCCUAUAAUCACAGCACUUCGGAAGGCUGAGGUAGGCAGAUCAUCUGAGGUCAGGAGUUCAAGACCAGCCUGGGCAACAUGAUGAAACCCCAUCUCUUCAAAAAAUACAAAAGUUAGCUGGGCGUAGUGGCACGUGCCUGUAGUCCCGCUACUUGGGAGGCUAAGGCAGGAGGAUCGCUUGAACCUGGGAGGCAGAGGUUGCUGUGAGUUGAGAUCGCGCCAUUGCACUCCAGCCUGGGCAUCAAGAGCGGAAACUCUAUCUCAAACAAACAAACAAAUAAAUAAAUAAAAAUCAGUGCUCAAUCCUUACCUUGCUCCACAAGAAAUUGACAGAGUUGAUCCUUCCCUUAUUCGUUACUUGCUCUGUCUAUAACUCCUCCUCCUGGUUUUCCUCCUAUGAUCAGUCCUCUAGCCUCUGCUACAUUGUCACCACAUUCACCCCCUGGGUGUUCUCAUUCAGGCAUCUGGCUUUAAGCAUCAUCUGUACACUGAUGGCUCCCAAUUUUCUGACUACACCCAAGCUUCUCUCUACAACUCCAAAACAGUUUAUCCUAUUGCCUUCUUGAUUAACAAGCAUCUCACAGUUAUCAUUACCAAUCUGUAUUCCAGACACACAUAGCUCUAAACCUGCACCUUCCUCGGUUUCCCAGUCCAGUAGAGUUUACCUUGGAGUAACCCCUAAAGCCAACCCUGGAGUAAUCCCUAAUCCCUUUUCUUUCCCCCCAAUUUCUAAUCCAUCAUCAAAUCUGUGGACUCUUACUUUCAAAACACAUCUUGAAUCUAAUAACUUCUCCUCUCUUCCCUUCUAGGAUAUCACCUGACCUGAACUCUGAAGUAGUCUCUGCUAACUGGCUUUCUGCUUCCAUUUUUGUCCUAUUAUUUUUCACACAGCAGCCAGAUGAAUCUUUAAAAACUGAAGUCAGAUCAUGGCUCUUCUCUAUUCAAAACCUUCCAGCUGCUUCUUUUCAUCCUCUGCCCUUAGGUGUGAUCACGACUCAUUCCCUCAUUUCCCAUGUCCCCUCAGCUCUCUGCACAAAUAUCACUUCAUCAGAGAGAUCUUCCCUAAUAUCAUCUCAAAUACCAGUGCCUUCCGCCUCCACCCUCUGGUUCCUGUUGUAUUUUUCAUUGCCCCUUGAUAUUACACUAUGUGUUUAUCUGUUUAUGUUCUCUUUCCCUCAGAAGAAUGUAACCGCAUCAAGAGGAUCUUGUCUUUCACUAAUUGUAUUUUCAGGCCGGGCCCAGAGGCUCACGCCUGUAAUCCCUGCACUUUGGAAAGCUGACGGGUGGAUCACUUGAGGUCAGGAGUUCGAGACCAGCCUGGCCAACAUGGUGAAACCCCAUCUUUACCAAAAAUACAAAAAUGAAGUCGGGCGUCGUGGCGCAUGCCUGUAAUCCCACCUACUCGGGAGGCCGAGGCAAGAGAAUCGGCUUGAACCCGUGAGGUGGAGGUUGCAGUGAGCCGAGAUGGUGCCACUGCACUCCAGCCUGGGCAACAGAGUGACACUCCGUCUCAAACAAACAAACAAACAAACAAAAAACAAACAUAUUUUCAGUGCCAAAAAAGGUCUGGAAGGAGGUGGGCACUCAGAUGCUUUAUUAACCACUCUAGGUAUUAUUCUAACACUUUAUGUGUCUAUUAAAUUAUCCCGACAUAUUAGAUUUGCUGAAUUGCUGUCCAUAUUUCGUAGAUAUGAUAGCUGAAGCACGGAAUCAUUAGGUAACUUGCACAAAGUGGCAUUCACGACUCACAAAUGGCUUAGGAUGUAAACUCAGUUUUAUUCCCGGGGACGCCCUCUCUGCUCUUCAGCACUUGAAGUUCAGGCAGCGAGAGUUGACAUGGGGCCAGGGCUGCGCCCCUGGGGCGGGUUGAAGACAGGGUGAGUCUCUUGAUAUUCAGGAAAUCAUCGCGCACCCAGUCACCAGCGUUCGGGAGCCUGUCGCAGCGGGACCGACGGAAUCCGGAGUAGACGACAGGGCGCAGAAGCGGGAUGUACUUCUGUUGGGGCACCGACUCCAGGGAGCUGCAGCGCAGGAGGACGGCGGGCAGCCCCGGGGCUGAGCUACUGCAGGCGGCCAGCGGGGAGCGCCACUCUCUGCUGCUGCUGACCAACCACAGGGUCCUCUCGUGCGGAGACAACAGCAGGGGUCAGCUGGGCCGCAGGGGCGCGCAGCGCGGGGAGCUGCCAGAACCAAUUCAGGCAUUGGAAACCCUAACUGUUGAUCUCGUGAGCUGCGGGAAGGAGCACUCCCUGGCUGUGUGCCACAAAGGAAGGGUCUUCGCAUGGGGAGCUGGUUCUGAGGGGCAGCUGGGGAUUGGAGAAUUCAAGGAAAUAAGUUUCACACCUAAGAAAAUAACGACUCUGAAUGGUAUAAAAAUAAUACAAGUUUCCUGUGGACACUACCACUCCCUGGCAUUAUCAAAAGAUAGCCAAGUGUUUUCAUGGGGAAAGAACAGCCAUGGGCAGCUGGGCUUGGGGAAGGAGUUCCCCUCCCAAGCCAGCCCGCAGAGGGUGAGGUCCCUGGAGGGGAUCCCACUGGCUCAGGUGGCUGCCGGAGGGGCUCACAGCUUUGCCCUGUCUCUCUGUGGGACUUCGUUUGGCUGGGGAAGUAACAGUUCCGGGCAGCUGGCCCUCAGUGGGCGUAAUGUCCCAGUGCAAAGCAACAAACCUCUCUCAGUCGGUGCACUGAAGAAUCUAGGUGUGGUUUAUAUCAGCUGUGGUGAUGCGCACACUGCGGUGCUUACCCAGGACGGGAAAGUGUUCACAUUUGGAGACAAUCGCUCUGGACAGCUGGGAUACAGCCCCACUCCUGAGAAGAGAGGUCCACAACUUGUGGAAAGAAUUGAUGGCCUAGUUUCACAGAUAGAUUGUGGAAGUUAUCACACCCUUGCAUAUGUGCACACCACUGGUCAGGUGGUAUCUUUUGGUCAUGGACCAAGUGACACAAGCAAGCCAACUCAUUCAGAGGCCCUGACAGAGAACUUUGACAUUAGCUGCCUGAUUUCUGCUGAAGACCUCGUGGAUGUUCACGUCAAACACAUUUUUGCUGGAACAUAUGCCAACUUUGUGACAACUCAUCAGGAUACUAGUUCCACACGUGCUCCCGGGAAAACCCUGCCAGAAAUAAGCCGAAUUAGCCAGUCCAUGGCAGAAAAAUGGAUAGCAGUGAAAAGAAGAAGUACUGAACAUGAAAUGGCUAAAAGUGAAAUUAGAAUGAUAUUUUCAUCUCCUGCUUGUCUGACUGCAAGUUUUUUAAAGAAAAGAGGAACUGGAGAAACGACUUCCAUUGAUGUGGACUUAGAAAUGGCAAGAGAUACCUUCAAGAAGUUAACAAAAAAGGAAUGGAUUUCUUCCAUGAUAACUACGUGUCUCGAGGAUGAUCUGCUCAGAGCUCUUCCAUGCCGUUCUCCACACCAAGAAGCUUUAUCAGUUUUCCUCCUGCUCCCAGAAUGUCCUGUGAUGCAUGAUUCUAAGAACUGGAAGAACCUGGUGGUUCCAUUUGCAAAGGCUGUGUGUGAAAUGAGUAAACAAUCUUUGCAAGUCCUAAAGAAGUGUUGGGCAUUUUUGCAAGAAUCUUCUCUGAAUCCACUGAUCCAGAUGCUUAAAGCAGCCAUCAUCUCUAAGCUGCUUCAUUGGACUGAAACCGAACAGUGUCACUGUAAUGUUAAAGCUCUUUUAGGAAUGAUGAAAGAACUGCAUAAGGUAAACAAAGCUAACUGUCGACUACCAGAAAAUACUUUCAACAUAAAUGAACUCUCCAACUUAUUAAACUUUUAUAUAGAUAGAAGAAGACAGUUCUUUCGGGAUAACCACCUGAUACCUGCAGAAACCCCCAGUCCUGUUAUUUUCAGUGAUUUUCCAUUUAUCUUUAAUUUGCUAUCCAAAAUUAAAUUAUUGCAAGCUGAUUCACUUAUAAAGAUGCAGAUGUCAGAAAAUAAAGCAUACAUGCCUAUGCAUGAAACAAUUCUGCAAAAAAAGGAUGAAUUUCCUCCAUCACCCAGAUUUAUACUUAAAGUCAGACGAAGUCGCCUGGUUAAAGAUGCUCUGCGUCAAUUAAGUCAAGCUGAAGCUACUGACUUCUGCAAAGUAUUAGUGGUUGAAUUUAUUAAUGAAAUUUGUCCUGAGUCUGGAGGGGUUAGUUCAGAGUUCUUCCACUGUAUGUUUGAAGAGAUGACCAAGCCAGAAUAUGGAAUGUUCAUGUAUCCUGAAAUGGGUUCCUGCAUGUGGUUUCCUGCCAAGCCUAAACCUGAGAAGAAAAGAUAUUUCCUCUUUGGAAUACUGUGUGGACUCUCCUUAUUCAAUUUAAAUGUUGCUAACCUUCCUUUCCCACUGGCUCUGUAUAAGAAACUUCUGGACCAAAAGCCAUCAUUGGAAGAUUUAAAAGAACUCAGUCCUCGGUUGGGGAAGAGUUUGCAAGAAGUUCUAGAUGAUGAUGCUGAUGACAUUGGAGAUGCGCUCUGCAUACGCUUUUCUAUACACUGGGACCAAAAUGAUGUUGACUUAAUUCCAAAUGGGAUCUCCAUACCUGUGGACCAAACCAACAAGAGAGACUAUGUUUCUAAGUAUAUUGAUUACAUUUUCAACGUCUCUGUAAAAGCAGUUUAUGAGGAAUUUCAGAGAGGAUUUUAUACAGUCUGUGAGAAGGAGAUACUUAGACAUUUCUACCCUGAAGAACUAAUGACAGCAAUCAUUGGAAAUACUGAUUAUGACUGGAAACAGUUUGAACAGAAUUCAAAGUAUGAGCAAGGAUACCAAAAAUCACAUCCUACUAUACAGUUGUUUUGGAAGGCUUUCCACAAACUAACCUUGGAUGAAAAGAAAAAAUUCCUCUUUUUCCUUACAGGACGUGAUAGGCUGCAUGCAAGAGGCAUACAGAAAAUGGAAAUAGUAUUUUGCUGUCCUGAAACUUUCAGUGAAAGAGAUCACCCAACAUCACUAACUUGUCAUAAUAUUCUCUACCUCCCUAAGUAUUCUACAAUGGAAAGAAUGGAGGAAGCACUUCAAGUAGCCAUCAACAACAACAGAGGAUUUGUCUCACCCAUGCUCACAUAGUCAUAAUCACCUCUGAGAGACUCAGGGUGGGCUUUCUCACACUUGGAUCCUUCUGUUCUUCCUUACACCUAAAUAAUACAAGAGAUUAAUGAAUAGUGGUUAGAAGUAGUUGAGGGAGAGAUUGGGGGAAUGGGGAGAUGAUGAUGAUGGUCAAAGGGUGCAAAAUCUCACACAAGACUGAGGCAGGAGAAUAGGGUACAGAGACAGGGAUCUAAGGAUGACUUGGACACACUCCCUGGCACUGAAGAGUCUGAACACUGGCCUGUGAUUGGUCCAUUCCAGGACCUUCAUUUGCAUAAGGUAUCAAACCACAUCAGCCUCUGAUUGGCCAUGGGCCAGACCUGCACUCUGGCCAAUGAUUGGUUCAUUCCAGGACAUUCAUUUGCAUAAGGAGUCAAACCACACCAGUCUUGGAUUGGCCGUGAGCCAAUUCACCUCAGUCUCUAAUUGGCUGUGAGUCAGUCUUUCAUUUACAUAGGGUGUAACCAUCAAGAAACCUCUACAGGGUACUUAAGCCCCAGAAGAUUUUGCUACCAGGGCUCUUGAGCCACUUGCUCUAGCCCACUCCCACCCUGUGGAAUGUACUUUCACUUUUGCUGCUUCACUGCCUUGUGCUCCAAUAAAUCCACUCCUUCACCAUCCA